AUGGUCCAGUGCAUGGUGGCACCAGGCUCCAGAAGUAGUGUGCUCCAGGAUCUCGGCACCAUCUCCUGGGAUGCAGCAGUGCCUUCCAGGCUGUCCUCAGAGCUGCUGCAGACACUGCUAAAAGCACCCACAGCCCUCACUACCAUCACACUGAAGAGCACAAAAGCGGCGCGCACCGCCCGCCCGCCCCCGCCGCGGAGGAGGGCCCGAGGUCCGCCGCCGUCCCAGGAUGCAGCGCGGCGGCGACGGCGCUGGCGGCCGCCAUGUCGUGCUAGUUUGUUGUUCUCCGGCGGCGGGAGCGGGGCCCGGCGGGCGCUGAAUCCGAGCCCUUCCCGGCCCGUCGCCCGUGUCCUUCGCCGCGGCACCGGCAGCCGCCGCUCCGGCGGGCGGCACCGCGGCGCUGCCGCGACCCGCCGCCGCCUGGGCCGGGCGAAGAACCAUGGCUGCCGCGCUGGGAGGCGCGCAGAUGAUGACUUUGAUCAGUUUGAUAAGCCUGGUGCAGAAAGGUCUUGGAGAAGAAGAGCUGGAGAUGACGACUGGGACAGUGAACUUGAUGAUGACUUGCUUGGAGAGGAUUUGCUAACUGGAAAAAAGAAUCAGUCAGACUUGUCAGAUGAAGAGCUGAAUGAUGAUCUUCUGCAAAGUGACAAUGAAGAGGAGCAAGAAUUUCGCUCUCCAGGUGUCACAGUGAGCCUCAAUGCCACAUCUGGCAUCCUGACGUCGUACGAGUCCAUCAACGAUCCCUCACUGGAACAUGAGUCUGAGUAUGACCAGGGGGAAGAUGAAAUGGGUUAUGACAAAUCUGAAGCACCUGAAGAAUAUGCCUCAGAGUAUGCAGAGGAAGGACAUUAUGAAGGCAAUGAUCCUGAACUGACAGAAGACCAAAUAGAAUAUGGGGAAGAGCCUGGAGAAGAAGAUGAAGUGCUAGACCUUGAAAUCAAUGAACCCCUAGAUGAAUUUCCAGAUGAAGAUUACAUGCAAUCAUAUAAUGAGCAAGCAAUGGAAGAACAAGGAGAGUAUGCAGCUGAUGAGGAGUUGGAAGAAUCCCAGACAAUGGCUAAUGAAUCAGAAGAGGCAGCUAUUGGGUCUCUGGAACUUCAAGAAGAAACAAAAGAAGAGUCUGAUGAGGAGGAGGAUGAUGAUGAAGAGUCUGGACGAUUACGUUUCAAAACUGAACGGAAAGAAGGAACAAUCAUCAGGCUCUCAGAUGUGACAAGAGAAAGGAGAAACAUUCCAGAAACUUUGGAGCUUUCUGCAGAAGCCCAAGCAGCAUUACGUGAAUUUGAAGAGAGGGAAAGGCAGCUUAAGCAGGGGCGAUACGGCUCCAGGAGAGGAGGGAGAAGAGGAGGCUCAGUUAUGUGCCACGGAAUGGGAGAACAAAGGAGAGACAAUAAUGAUAGGGGAAGAAUGAAGGAUCACAGGCCUGCACUGCUGCCAAACCAGCCAUCAAUGACUCACUCACAGAGGUUAAUUCCAACACACCAGCAACCUGUUAUGAGUCUGUUCCAGCAGCAGCAACAGCAGCAGCAACAACACCAACAACAGCAACAGCAGCAGCAACAACAGCAGCAGCAGCAACAGUUACAAUCUCUGCUUCCUUUACAGCAUCAGCAUCAUUCUUCUCCUCCUCCAGGGCUACAUAUGCCCCCUCAGAUAGAAACACCUCGAAUAAUGAUGACUCCCCCUCCAGUGACACCUCAGCAGCCGAAGAACAUCCACAUAAAUCCGCAUUUCAAGGGGACAGUAGUGACGCCUGUGCAAGUGCCCUUGCUGCCAGUUCCUGCCCAGCCAAGACCUGCUGUAGGACCCCAGAGAUUUCCUGGCCCUCCAGACUUCCAGCAGCAUACACCUGGACCAGUUCCUACCAACUUCUCCCAGGCCCCGAGGCUGCCAAUCCAGGACCAGUGGAGAGGGCCACCCCCACCACCUCCACCACUCCCUCCUCCACCUCCUCAGGACAGAGAUCCUUUCUUCUUAGCAGAUCCGAGGUUCCCGGGUCAUCCCUUGUUUGAGCAGCGCAGCCCCCCACCGCCGCCGCCUCCCCCGCUUCUGAACAGCGCCCACCCCGUUCCUACGCAGAGCCCGAUGCCGUUCAGCCCGCCCGGGCCCGCCUUUAACCAGCAGGGACAGCAGCCGGUGUAUCCCCGGGAGCGGCCGGUGCGGCCCAGCAUGCAGCCCCAGGGCCCGGUGGGGAUCCUGCACUUCAACCAGCCGGGCUCCGCCACCCCGCGCCCCUUCAUCCCCCCGCGGCAGCAGUUCCUGCAGGCGCCGGGACAGCCCUUCCUGUCCCCGCACACGCAGCCCAGCAUGCAGGGUCCCAUGCAUCCUCCAUUACAGCCUCAGCCACAACCUCAGCCUCAUCAGCAGCAUCACCAGCAGCAACAGCAGCACCAUCACCAGCAGCAGCAGCAGCAUCACCAUCUCCAAGGGCCUCCACAGCCCCUGAUGCCCAUGAACCAGCCACAGUUCAGGCCUCACAUGCAAGCCACACAGCAGCAGCCAAAUAACAACAGGAUGCAGUGUCAGCCACGACAGGGUCCAAUGAAGCCAAGGCAUAGUACCCCAUCACAGAAUAUUGUCAAGCGUUCCAACCAGCAGCUGCAGCCGGCCGCUGCCAGGAACAGCAACUUGCGCGAGCUGCCCAUAGCCCCGUCCCACGCCAUGGAGAUGAGCAGCAGCCGGCGCAGCUCCGCCCCGGCCGCCCAGGUCAAAGCCAUCACCAGCACCCUGCCUGCCUCCAAGGCUGCCACUGCUGCUGCCAACUCCCAGGGAAGGCCCGAGAUGAAAGCUAAAGCAAUCACGCCAGUGGGCCAGGCAAAGUCAGAAGGAAAAUGUGAACCAGAGUACCCAGAGGAAGAUGAAGAAACUCGGUUGUACCGUUUGAAGAUAGAAGAGCAGAAGCGCCUGAGAGAGGAGAUCCUGAAGCAGAAGGAGCUGAGACGGCAGCAGCAGGCUGGGGCCAGGAAGAGAGAGCUGCUGGAGAGACUUGCCCAGCAGCAGCAGCAGCAGCCUUGCUCCCAGCAGUCCUACGUGCAGCACGAGGAGGAUUCCUCCGAGUUCCCCACCAACGGCAGCCCCUACAUCCCCCACUCCGGCUUGCAGACCAGGCACAACGUGAAAAGCAGACUCCUUGUUAGAAAGCAAGACGCGGUAGUUGCAAACGUCCACCCCAAACCCACAGAUUUCCCCCAGGGCGCAGGGGACGGGCAGUACCAAGGACAGCAGAUGAAGCAGCCAGUGAAGCAGCUGAGGCAAACUAGAACAAUUCCUGCGAGCCAGCCUCAGGCAGCCCAGAAAGUGUUACAGAGCAAAGCUGCCACAGCGGCGCUGCCCACGGCGCAGGCGGCGCGAGUGGCCUCGGUGCCCGCCAGGCCCCAGGAGCAGAAGCCCGGGGUGAAAAGGACUGUGAUGCAGCGGACAAACAGUGCUAGUGAUGGGCCCCAUGGCGGCAGCAAAGUCAGGGUGAUUAAGUUGUCAGGAGGGCAGGGGGGAGAGGAUGCUGGCUUUUUUCACCCAGAGGGCCAACCCCAGCGGCCUCAGCAACCCCCGGAGCCGAAACAGCAGCCAGUGCGGAAGGUCACAUUGACAAAGGGAAUGCAGCAGCACCAACAGCAGCAGCAGGCACAGAUCCAUUCACCAGCUCCUCAAGGAGUCAAAAACAUCCAGGGAAUCCAUCAACCUAAAAAGGUCAUUAUGCACGGCAGAGGCAGAGGAGUAGCAGGCCAGAUGGGCCGAGGACGCCUGAUGCCAAAUAAACAGAACCUGCGAGUGGUGGAGUGCAAACCUCAGCCCUGUAUUGUGUCAGUUGAAGGGCUUUCUUCAUCAACUACUGAUGUCCAACUGAAAAACCUGCUGAUGUCAGUGGGACCCAUUCAGAGUUUACAGAUGCUUCCUCAGCAACGGAAAGCCAUAGCAAAAUUCAAGGAGCCAGCACAUGCUUUAGCAUUUCAACAGAAAUUCCACAGGCACAUGAUAGAUCUGUCCCACAUCAACGUGGCACUGAUUGUGGAGUGACCUCUGCUGAGAGAAGUCCCUGCACCAGCCUCAGUGUACUGUGGAGCUACAGACUCACAGAGGAAAAUCCAUCGGGUUGGGAACCCUGUCAGCUCAGUCUGUAACUGCUCUGUUGAACUACAGAAAGCACCAAGGUGACCUCCAGGAGAGGUGAAUUCGAGAGGAGCUGCAAAGGUGGAAUUUCAGUUCAGUUUCUUCACAUUCUGUUGUAACCACAUGGAAUUAUAGAGGUUUUUUUGGUUUUUUUUUUUUCCAAAUGCUUUUGAUGCAUGUAGACAUUGUUCUUCAGGAUCCUACUGUGUGACCACAGUGACUUGAGAGAGAACGGUUUGAAAACAGCGAAAGAUUUGAAAAACUUUCAAAGAAUAGCAAAGAAUAUUUGAUAAUGGUUGCUCUUAUCUUCAGUGCAAGGUAUUUGAAUGAAAACUCAUUUUUCUAAACAAAUUAGUUGCAUUGUGUACCUGAGAGCACAGAAGGUAUUCUUGAAUAGAUUUGAACAUGGUCUGCUUCGCUGUAUAGCAGUUUGCUGAGAAGCUUUGGAGGUGACACUGGAAAAUUGUAGUUUUGAUCUUUGUAAAUAAGUCUGUGCAUUUUUCUGUUCCAACAUAGACUUCCAUUUUCUCUUUCCAACUCCACUUAUUCCAUAAAACCCUGUGUAGGAGGACUAACACUGCUGUAUUUUCCCUUGGUUUUUAAAAACAAGGAUCUUCACCCUUCAGUAGCAUUGUGGGGUAGUGAACUCUGAGUUGUAAUUAGGUUGUUUUAAAUAACUCUGCCAGAUGCAAGGAAAAAGAAGUAUUUGGUGGGUCACUUCAAAAAUGUUAUGCAGGAAGAGUGGUGCAUUCCUGGUAGUUCUUCUGGGCUAGUGUUUCGUGGUUGCCUCAUGUUUUAUUUUGAUCAGGUUUUUUUCUUUGAGAUUUAUUUUGUCAUUAAUGCUGAACCGUAAGAAACCCAUAACUGAAGGGCCUUGUUUUGAUGUGGUGUUCCUGAUACAUAAAGGACUAUAAGGACAUUGUGAAUCUCUGAUGAAUGUGUCAGUUCCCAAAAAUGCCAUGCAAACAUUAAGGAGCUUAUAUUUUAUUCAAAGUAAAAUUCGUAAUAUUUCCUUUUGGUUAGAACCAUCCAAACGGGGUUGCCAAAGUAACAAUUUUUUCAGUUACUUCUGAAUAAACUUAUUAAAAUGUCAUCUUUAUAUUGGAUUCCAGUUUUUAUGAACAUUUCCCUAGUUUUUAGACCAUGAUGUUUUGCUUCAUACUUUAUUUUAGGAAUACUCUUAAGCACUCCACCUACUUUUUGAAAGGGGGGACUUGCAGAAAUGUAGAUAUGUUACCUGAGUGACUGCAGAAGAACACUCUGGGUAUGAAAUAAAAGAGCUGCAAAUGGGGUCCAAAAUAGGCAUGCCAAGCUAGAAGGGAUGAGCUAAGGAAAUUUAUAGUACCUUUUUUUAAUAGUAUCUUUUUUUUUUUUUUUUUUUAAUGAUUUAACAGCACAGAUACCUAAUUGGCUUUCUUCCACUUUUGGUCCAGAUUUUCAAUUAAGUAAAAGUUACCAAAAAUCUAGGUAGACCUGCUCUCUGUUCAUUGAAAAAAUGUAGAAUAAUAUGGUGCUUAGGAAAUAUUCUUUAAGUCCAUUUAAAAUUUAGUGACAAGACACAGUAACAGGAUCAGACUCUUUUCAUGGAGGCGGGGUUUACACCCACCUGUGUAAUUCAUGCAUAAUGUUUAAUGACAGCCACAGUUGCUGUACACGAAGUGCUGUUAGUGCUUCAGGACAGAGCCAAGCCCAGGACAGAGCUGCAGGUAGCAAGUGCCCAGUGGGACCAAGCCCAAAGACCUGCAGAGUGACCAGCCCAGGCUGUUUAACUCCUCACACCAUUAGCUCUGGGACCCCUACACUGCCUCCUCAGAUUAUGUCACUUUUAUUCUUAAGAAAUAACUGCUGAUCUUUAAAACAAGGCAUUAAACAGUUGCUCGUCCCACUGUUAGGGAGCAGCUUCUCUGCAGUGAGCAGGACAAGGAGACAUCUCAGAGUGGAGUUACAGUAGUGCGUGCCUGGAAAUCUGGGAGAGAGGCAAACUCCAGACAGGCCAGCAGCUGAGUUCAGCAGUAGGAACAUCUGCAGUUGAUCAGCUGUUCUGUCAGAAGCAAACAUUAUUGGGGUUAGAGGGUUUCUUGGAACCUAAGAAUAUGGGUUUGAUUCAAAAGUCAAAGAAGUUUGUAGAAACGCUCCUGCUUUGGGUUUUGAAUCCAUCCCAAAAAGCCUGAGGUUCAGCCAACUUAAGUUUUAAAAAUUUUUAUUCAGUUGGGGUUUUAAUUUUUUUUUUGAGACAAGUGUGUGGCUUUGGAAUAAAGACACGAAAUGGCCUCGUAUCUAUUUAAAUGAAGGAGUGACGUGAGCAAUGCCUGUUUAAUGAGUAGAUACAUCCUCUUCAACAGCAGUUGCAGGAGAUUUAUGCUGGUGCCUAGACAGGGUAUGGGUGGAUUGCUGGGGAUUAAUUCAGCUGCUUACUGCAGUACCUGGGUACCUUCCUACAUGUAAACCUACCAUAUGUAUGUAUGUCUAUAUUUGUUUGAUUAUACACAUACAUACAUACUCACACCCUGUGUUGUCACCAUAUCUCUCUAAUGUCCAAGAAACCUCAGAAGUAAAAGUAGCAAUUAGGUGAGUCGUUUUUCAAAAUGUUUGUGUUCUCUUACUUCUCAAAUCAUAACUUGAAGGUGGAUCUGUUGGCAUUGAUCGGUUUGGAUGAUACAACUCCUUUAGAUCCAUUUGUUGUCUCCUCCCAAAAACACCCAAAGGAAAUAGAGGUAAAGCUAGACAGACGUGUUCUUGAUGUGUUCUCUUCCAGCACAGAGUUAAAUCUGAGCAUUUUAAGUUAACUUUCUUGGAAGAUCUGUUGCAACCAUUAUCUUGUUCUUUCUUUGUAGUGAAUUCACAAUACGAUGCAAAAUGGAAAAAAAAAAAAGAGAAGGCAUUUAAUGUAGUAUGUAAAUAUUGACCUUUUAAAAUUAAAAUGCUACUCAGAUGCUUACAGUCAACUACAUCUUAGCUAUUUGUUAGUUUUUUGUGUUGUCUUAUCUAAAUUUAAAUGGAUAUGGUUCCAUAAAUGUUGAUGUGUUUUUGUGUAUAUCUUCAAAUUUUUAUAAAGAUGCUAGUAAGUCAAUACAUAUAUCCUGAUCUGUGUAUUAUUUGUUCAGUUUUUAUUAACAUAAUUUUAUAAUUAUUUAAAUAGGCAACUCCAGUAGGUGGUUAUAUGAAGUCAGCUUUUUUUUUUUCAAAUUAUUUCAUUUCCAUCUUGUACCACUGGAAAAUUCACUUUAUAACUAUUCAUAUUUUGCCUUGACUAAAAUAUUGAAGUAUCCAUAUGAUCUGUGGUAUUUUAGUUUAAUGUUCUACCUUUUUUUUUUGUUUUUGUUUUUUUUUUUAAUUAAAAAAAAACCUAAAACAACUCUGUCCUUUAACUCUGAGGGGAAACACUGUCAGACCAUGGCACGGGGUCUCUCUGGGUUUGCUCCAUUGUGCUGUUUGCAGGUACAAAUUAGGUCUGUGGUGUAACACUGUCCUCAGAAGUUGGGGCUGUUGUGGUUUCACAGUUUGGGUUUCGCACACCGGGCAGGCUGGUGGCACGCUGGUGCAUCCCAGGGUGAUCAGUGCCACACCAGCCUGUGGUGUGCUGCUGGGGAUGCUCAGGGUCCUUGCUGCAGGCAGGGGGACCAGGACAGGUCUGUAGCAUUUCCAUAGCCAGAGGGAUGCUGUCCUCAGCCCACACCUAUCCCCAGUGUGACUUUGGGAAGGAGGAGUGCAUACAGGCACCCCCUCUGCAUGGUAUCCUUGGAUAUCUAGUUUAUCCCCCCCACCCCGUUUAAAUCUGAAGAUUUGCUUCAGGUUUCUGAUUUUCUGUAAAGAAGUCCUUCCAGCCUUUAAAAUGCCAAGCAGACUGAGCAUUUUAAUUCACUAAUGUUAGGUUUCCUCUGCAAGGACACAGAUGAGAGUAAAACCGAAGGUUAUUUCAGAAUAACCAUGGAGGUCCUCAAAGUUUUGUUUGUUUUUUGUUUUUUUUUUUUUUUUUUUUUUUUAAUGUCAGCUACUGGGGAUAAGAAACACCUUUUACUUGGUGCUAUAUUUUUUAUCUUUUUUUAAACAUAGUAUUUUUUAUCUGUGUAGCUUGAAAUGAUGCAGUUUCCCUGGAAGCUGCUGCAGGCACUGCCUGCUGUUUGCACUCAUUAACUGCGUGGCUGUGUGUGUGUGGGUGUGCCACCCUUGAACCUGGGGUGAGAGGGAGGUGGGAGGCUCUGGGGUUUCUUUUGAGAGUUUUUUUGGCCUUUGUUGGUUUUUGGUUUUUUGGGUUUUUUUGGUUUUUUUUGGUCUGCUUGGGAGAUACCCUGGAUUUGUCCUCUGGCAUAGUGUUGUGCUUUUCCUGUCCUUUGUGUAGUACUGUGUCUGUGAUGUGAGUCAAGGUACUUGAAGGUAGAAAUCCGUGUCACCUGUUCACUGUCAAAAAGGCAUUUUUUGUUCAGAGAGACAUAAACUUUUUUUUUAAUGCAUUUUUUUGUGCUUUUGUUUUUGUUUCUUUUUUUAGCAUCAUGAUAGAUGAGAAAUGAAAUGUAAAGGAAACAAAUCUUGAACAGAUUGCAGAAAGUUAGCUGUAUUAUAAAGGUCAUUUAGGGUAACAUAGAGCUUUUGUUUCAAUGUUACUUUAAAUCAUGCCUUGUCCUCUAAUUAAUUCAUAAACAUAAUACUUGAAAGUAUUUUAUCUUAAAUUAGUAUCAAAUCCUAAGGAUUUUCUGUAAGGUUUUUUUGUAACCUGAUUUUUAAGCAUGGAGAUAACUUACUGUCCACAUGAGCACAGGGGCUUGUGUACAAAACCAGAUUCAUAUUGGAUCCUUGCGUAUGCCAACUUCUGGUGUGAUAUGGUUGGGAAGGAUCAUUUUGUUCUUUAUAAUGCUGCUUUUGGCAGGGUUGGGUUUUUUAAUUACAAACAAACAAACUCCCUUUUCUACUUUUCUGCUUGUUUGGGUGGAAAGUGUGGUCCUUAUUGCACUAAAGAAAACCUCGAGGGGAAAGUUAAUCUCACGGGGUCUUUUAGGUGCCUUUGUUGCUCUCUGCUUUCUUGGUUCACUGAUUUUUCUAACUAACUGGAAAUGGGCUUUAUAGAUACACUUUUUCAACAGGUUACACUGCUUUUAUUUUAUGUAACAGCACUUGUGUUCAGUGGUUUUUACCAUCUAAACUCUAAACAGUAUUGCAGAUUAAAAAUACUUUUGUAAAAGAACCUGUGUACAGUUAAAUGUAGCUGUAUUGCAAUGUUGUAUGUAGUCACUUGGAAGAUCACAGUUUCAAACACUGCUGUAUUGAUGUUGUGUUUGUUCAGGAUUUUCUUUGUGUGCAUCUAAUGGAUUUUAAUAUGCAUGGAAUUUUUUUUCCUAGUGUCUGUCAGGCUGAGAUUGGAACCUUACAGUUUUAUCUCUGUUUUGAGAAUAACAAAACCAUUUGUUUGCAGGUUUUCUUUUUCAGAUGAUGAAACUUCUUUCAGCAGUUUAACUUCUAAUUAAUAGACAUUUUUACUUACAGAUCCAGCAGAGACCAGAUGCUAACCCUUGUUUAUUCACAGCUGAUCUUCUGUACCAUUGCAUAUAAUUUUAUUUAUAAAGGAGCUUGAAUUAAGUCAACUCUCUUUUUUCCUGUGGUACCCUUUGCCUCUCUGCUAUGCUUUUUCUCAUUUUCAUCUCAUUUGCCCCCAUUUUUCCAUUUCCAUUUGUAUCCUUGUUAUGUUCCUGCCCUUUUCACUCCCUGUUCAUCUCUCUGCUUUUUUUUCCUGAGUGCAUUGCAUUCAAUCUUUUGCUCUGUUUUCUGUUCUUCCAGCUCUUUUGAGGGUACUGGAACCCUACAUAUCCUGCCCUGAAAUCCACCCUGCCAUGCUUUCCUUUGCAGACUGUGGUGCCUGAAGCUGAGGUUGCUUUGAUACAGGUAUCACCCCUUAGCCAGGCUGCCCGUCCCAGAGCUCUGGAGAAGUGCCACUUAACACUUUUGCUUUGCAGCUUUACCCAUGCUGGGGAGCGUAGACAUUUCCUUUACAUGCUUGAGCAUUUAGCCAGGCUAAACAGGAUUAACAGCUGUUUUAUCCUUUUCACUUUUUCAGGAGCUCUGUUCUUGAAUUCAGUGAUAGUAAUAGCACUUUUUGUUAUUGCCACGUAGAAAUACCAACACAGUCGACACGAUUCUACCUCCUAUUACUAUUACUGAAUGUGAUCCUUCCUAACCUGUAAAGUCCUAAGAAGUGUACAUACAUAUAUAUAUAUAUAUACACACACAUAUUUAUCUGUAUCUGGGUGUUUUGAGAAUCAUUUCAAAUGUACUGCUCUAAUCUGGAUUGCAGAGUUUGUUUAUUAGCAGUUCAGGAUAUAAAUUCAGCAGCCGACUGUGUCAUUCUGACUGCACUGGGAGUGAAUCUGCCUCAUGUUUCCUACAGCACCAUCUGCACCAGGUGUGCACUGCUGAUGGCUUGGGUGUAAUACUGGACUAUACCAAAUCCUCCACGUGCAUAAGAGAUCUUUGUCGUACCUUUUUGAGUGAAUGUAAAAAUGGAAACACAAAGAUGAUCUCGUGUACAAGUUUUUUUACAUGUAUUUCCAUGUUUGAAAUGUGAACAUGUAAUGUGAACAUAUUUAUUGUACCUAUAAUAUGUCAAUAAAACCCGAUCUUUAUAA